AUGACCUCCCCCGAAACCACCAUCCUCCUCCUCGGCGCCGGCGAACUAGGAACAGCCUUCCUCCCUCACCUCACCGCCCUCCCCAACACCCACAUCACCAUCGGCAUCCGCUCCCCAUCCAAAUACACUCACCUCCAAUCCCCCAACAUCUCCCUCACAGCCAUCGACCUCUCCUCACCCUCUCCCUCCCUCGCCAAAACCUUCUCCGCAUACGACAUCCUCAUCUCCGCAACAGGUUUCGGCGCCGACCCCAGCAGCGUCCUCAAGCUCGCCGAGGAAGCACUGCUAGCCGGCAAGAUCAGAAAAGAUCAGGGGAAAGGGAAGUUAUGGUUCUUUACCUGGCAGUGGGGUGUCGAUUACGAUGUCAUUGGUGAUGGAGAGGGGCUGAUGCCUUUGUUUGGUGCGCAGCGCGAUGUGAGGAAUUUGUUGCGGCGGAAGGCAAUGGAGAGUAAUGUCAAGUGGACGGUUGUUAGUACGGGGAUUUUCAUGUCGUUCCUUUUCGAGCAGUUCUGGGGGAUUGUGGAUCGGAGUGAAGAGGGGGAAGGAAAAGUGGUGGUGAGGUGUUUGAGGGAAUGGGAUCAUAAGGUUACUGUGACGGAUGUGAAUGAUAUUGGACGGGUGUUGGCGAGGGUCGUAGUGGGGGAUGUGGAGGCUGAGGACCGUGUAUUGUACAUCGCGGGCGAUACGAUUAGUUAUGGGCAACUGGUUGACAUCGUCAAGCGGGUGAGCGGGAAGCAGGUUGAGCAAGAGGCGUGGGGUCUUGAGCAUUUGAAGAACGAGCUUGACUCGGCGCCAGAAGAUGGUAUCAAGAAGUAUAGGCUGGUAUUCGCCAGGGAUGGUGUGUGGUGGGAGAUAAGCGGGACGGUGAAUAAGGCACUGAGCAUGGACAUGAUGGAUGUUGAAACGUUUGCCAAAAGUCUGUUCAGUAGAUAG